AUGGCUGCGGACAAUGAGAAGGCGCGCAAGGAGCCGAAGACGGGCGCCUGGGCAGACCCGAAGGUCGAGAACCGUACUCAGGGUUGGAACGAUGGCGACAACAAGCCCACCACCUCUGCUAGGCCUGAGGAGCUUGCCUCCACCGAAGAGGCUGAGAAGCUUGCGUCCAACAACAAGGCUGCGGCAAAGGUAGCGCCCAAGGAGUCCAUCGGGGACCCAGUCAGCAGCUCGAUUUUCGACAGUCAUCAGCUUCUCCGCGCAGGUCAAACCCAGAACAACUCCGCCCCUCAUGGACAGCAGCGCUUCUCGUUAUCCCACGAGACUAUGAUUUACAUGGAACGGAUGCGCUCAACCCUGGAGGAAUUCAUGAAGACCAUGUUCAAGAGCGAUUUUGAGUCCUCGGACCUCCGUGCGAUCAAUACCAAAGCCUUCAAGGGCCGGUGCUUCGCUGCCAUCGAGCGCCAGUCGGUGGCAGUCAGCUCAUACCAAGCCUUCUUGCAGUUACCUCCUCGUCAUCCCCUCACCGACUUCUUCUUCUACAUCAACAUCACUGCGAUGAUGAGCGCCAACGGUGGAGAUGACCAUGUACAGGCCGAGCACCAGCCGAUCGGACAAAUGCGAAUGCUCAAGAUGGUGAACCUCAGUGCUUGCGACCUCGCCCGUCGGAACCUGCAACGCACGAUCGACCGCUGUAUCGAGGAUGUCCCAAACCUUCGCAAUUGGAUCAAUGAUCACAGAAUACGAGUUGGGUCGGCUUCUCAGGAGCUUAGUGACGCUCUGGAGGACGGCGGUCGAGAGGUCUGCCAACAGCGCCUCGACGCAGUCAAAGAAUUCGAGCGUGAUCGAGGCACGGCCUUUGAGCGAUACUUUCACCUCAAGCAGACACGCACCAACGCCGAGGCGGAACUCGCGGAGCUCGACCGAACCACUAUCGGCCGCGCAGCUUGGCGGCGUGACCGUGGCAGCCUCGCGAUACGCCUCCGUGGCGGCGAAUAUGCACGCGGACUCCGCCUGGAAACGGAGGCCAUCGAGCCGCCGACCAGCCAACCCGAGCAGACAGCCACCGAGGAUGUGGAUGCCAUUUCUACCGAAGGUGUUUCUGAGGAUGGAGGCUUCGUGCCACCAGAGCCAGAGCCCAAGUCUGAGCCGGAGGGUGACAAGGACGAGGUUGUACCUGCCCGAGAAUUAGACAUGGAGACCCUGAUGCGCCUCGAGGACAUGCGUGGGGACGACCAAGUCGUCGUUCCUACUCGUGAAGCCGUCCCUUCCCUCUUGACCAAUGUUGGUGUGGCAACACCCCCCAUGGGGUCCUGCAGCCCUUACGGACGAGGAGUUGUGACUUACCAGUGGACGGGCGCCAACGAUUAUGCUUCCUUCGGCGAAAUCCCUAUCGAGGCUCUGGCUGGUAUGGACAGGCUGACAGACAAGUCCCUCGAUAGCGUAUUCACUACGUGGAAGUUGGAAAUCCGGGAUGACGCCCAGGGUCGAAGGUCAGCGUGGGCUGCACCUGUCGUCUCGAAGACACUGGCGGAUCUUUAUGAGGAACGGCUCCAUGAUGCAGCCAGGGAACGCGGUCUCCUUGCAGACGACCAGUCUGGAGCCACGGACGGAUCAGACAGCGACGAUCCUGCCGACACCGUCAGGCUCAUCUCAGCACCUCGAUCUCAAGUGGCCAUACUUCUCCCUGUUGGUCGAGUGUUGGAGUUCUUCAAGCGCUUCAAGCGCGUCUCAGACCAUUGA